GCUGAUUUGCGAGAGCCUGGCCGUUGAUGGCGGCCAUGACGGAGCUCUCCGCGCUGCAGUCCGCCAUCGAGGCGCCGCACACGGAGGGUGAGGGGGAGGAUCUGUUCGUCAAGCUGGCGCGCCUGCGCAAUGCCGCGGAGGCCGCCGGCGAAGGCGAGGUCCUCGCGGCGCUCGACGAGCUGCGGCCCAAGCUGCGGAGGCAGCUCAGCCGGCCGUCGCUCGCAGCAAAGGUGCACAUGGUGUGGCGGCUGCUGCUGACCCUGAUCGUGACCAUCUGGGGGUGCAUGGCGCUCCUCCUCUUCACGCCGCUCCGCCUCACCCACCCGCUCCUGCGGCCGCUCGGCGUGCCAAACGGCCUGCUGCCCCUGGACGUGCUGGAGCUCGCGUGGGCGCACCUGGUGCUGCGGGCGGCCGGGGUGCGCGUGCGGGUUGAGGGGGAGGGCGCGGGGCGGUGGAGCGGAAUCCCGCACGGGGUCAUCGUCUACAACCACGCCUCCAACCUCGACCCUUUCAUCCUCUUUGUCGCGUGCGGCGGCCACCGCGCGCCAAAGUUUGUCGGCAAAAAGGUGCUCUUCGCGGUGCCCAUCUUCGGGUGGAUGAGCCUGGCGCUCGGGCAGGUGCCCAUCAACCGUGGCGACCCCAAAAAGUCGAUCGCCACGAUGAACGAGCGCGUGGCCGCCAUCAUGAGCCGGUGGAGCCGCUCGGUCGCCGUCUCCCCGGAGGGGACGCGGACAAAGGACGGCCACCUGGUGCUUCCCUUCAAGAAGGGGGUCUUCCACCUCUCGCAGCAGAUGCAGGCCCCCAUCCUCCCGCUCGCUAUCCACGGCGCCUUCGACCUCUGGCCGCCCAGCCGCCUCUUCACCGGCGUCGGCGAGAUCACUGUGCGCGCGCUCGAGGCGCAGCCGCCGCUGCCGCCGCUGCCAGAGGCGGAGGCGCACGCGUCGGGCACCGCCGCCACCGACGAGGCGCGGAUGCGGCUGCAGCGGACCUACGUCGACCACUUCUCGAAGCAGCGCGACAAGCCCGCCCCCUACACCUUCGGCCACAUGGCGGAAGACGCGCUGUACGUGGGCGUCGCCGUCGUCGCGUUUGCGGCGCUCAAGAGCGGCUGCUGGCUGCUGCUCGCGGCCGCGGGCUUCAGCACCGAGUCGCUGGCGGUGCUCUUUGCCAUCACCACCGUGAGCAUCACCUUCCUUGUGCACCACUACUUGUGAGAGAGGCUGUACCACGCGAGGGGCGAGGCGGGGACGGACCCCGGCGCCCCGCGCGAAAACCACACACACGGGGAAUAGAGAGAAAAAAGACGCGGGAGAUGCACGAGGCGCAAACAAUAGCGUGGACCAGGGAGCUAGAAGCGGCUCCCGCUCUGUGGCCGUCGUGUUCUCUGUGUGUGUGACGAGAAAAUACCACGCUUC